UGCUGUGAGGAGAGAAGGAGGCGUCGUCGUCAUCAUCUCCCCAUCUAUCCUUCUUCCCAGCCGCUGGGAGGGGUGUGGAGGGAGGAGAGGUGGUUAGUAGGAGAGAGGCAAGCGAGGCGAGGCGGCCUCAGAAGGUGUCUGCCGGUAGCCUUUCUGGCUUGUUUGCUAUGGCUGCAGCAGGAGCCGCGGCGGCGGCGGCGGCAGCAGCAGCAGCAGCAGCAGCCGGGCGGGGGGGAGCAGGUGGAGAGUUGAGAGACUGCAGUGAAGCUGCCCUGGAGACAUGGCGGACCAGUGCCUCUGAAUAAGCAAAAAAAGGGGAGUGCGCGAAAUCAAUAGAUAAAUCCCCUGCCUCCCUCCCUCCCCUCCUCCUCCUCCCCCCCCCCGUGCUAGCAAUGCCGGGUUGACCGGUUUGCAGAGCAGCCGAAGGACAAAUGGUGCAGCAGCCUUGGCUCCCUCCUUUUCACUUCUUCAUGGUGUAUUACACCCUCUGCCUUAGCCUUAAGCCGAUGUAGCUGGCUGCUUCUCAGGAGCAUCCUAUCUCCACCCGUCCCUCCCUCCCCUUCCAUCUCUCUCUUUCCAUCCAUCCUAUUCACUUCCUCCCCCACCCUUCCAUCUUCCGAGGCUAUGGCUGCAGAAAAAGUACUGGAGACUGUAGAUCACUAUAAGUCCGAGAUCGAGAGACUGACCAAAGAGCUCACAGAAACAACCCACGAAAAGAUCCAGGCGGCUGAAUACGGGCUGGUGGUCUUGGAAGAAAAACUAACCCUCAAGCAGCAAUAUGAUGAGCUGGAAGCUGAAUAUGAUGCCCUUAAGCAGGAGCUGGAACAGCUGAGAGAGGCAUUUGGACAGUCAUUCUCAGUCCAUCGCAAAGUAGCUGAAGAUGGUGAGACACGUGAGGAGACACUCCUCCAGGAAUCCGCAUCAAAGGAAGCCUAUUACCUAGGGAAGAUCUUGGAAAUGCAGAAUGAGCUGAAACAAAGUAGGGCUGUUGUUACUAACAUUCAGGCAGAGAAUGAACGACUGACAGCGGUUGUGCAGGACUUGAAAGAGAACAAUGAAAUGGCAGAGCUGCAGAGAAUUCGGAUGAAAGAUGAAAUAAGAGAAUACAAAUUUAGAGAAGCAAGACUCCUUCAGGACUAUACAGAACUUGAAGAAGAAAACAUUACUUUGCAAAAGUUGGUUUCCACGCUGAAGCAGAACCAGGUUGAAUAUGAAGGUCUGAAACAUGAGAUAAAACGAUUUGAGGAAGAAACUGUAUUGCUUAAUAGCCAGCUAGAAGAUGCCAUCCGAUUGAAGGAGAUUGCAGAACAUCAGCUAGAGGAAGCCCUGGAGACAUUAAAGAAUGAGAGAGAGCAAAAGAACAAUCUGAGGAAGGAACUCUCUCAGUAUAUCAAUCUAAAUGACAGCAUGUAUAAUAACCAUAUUAGUAUAUCGGUAGACGGAUUAAAGUUUGGAGAGGAUGGGAAUGAACCUAAUAAUGAUGACAAAAUGAAUGGACACAUUCAUGGACCCCACAUGAAGCUGAAUGGUGACUUUCGGACUCCCACAGUUAGGAAAGGAGAAUCGCUACACCCUGUCUCGGAUCUCUUCAGUGAGCUCAACAUCUCCGAAAUGCAAAAAUUGAAACAGCAGCUCAUGCAGGUGGAACGUGAGAAAGCUAUUCUCCUGACAAAUCUUCAGGAGUCACAGACCCAGCUGGAGCACACGAAGGGAGCACUCACUGAGCAACAUGAACGGGUUCACAGGCUCACUGAGCAUGUCAAUGCUAUGAGGGGUCUGCAAAGCAACAAAGAAUUGAAAGAGGUAGAUUUUGAGAAAGGCCGAGAUUCUGGGGAAGAGACCCAUGACUAUGAAGUGGACAUCAAUGGCUUAGAGAUUUUAGAGUGCAAAUACAAAGUAGCUGUGACAGAGGUGAUUGACCUCAAAGCUGAAAUAAAAGCCUUAAAAGAAAAAUAUAAUAAAUGUGUUGAAAACUACACUGAAGAAAAGGCAAAGUAUGAGAGCAGGAUCCAGAUAUAUGAUGAACAGGUAACAAACCUGGAAAAGUCAACAAAGGAUAGCCAUGAGAAAAUGAUACAAAUGGAAAAGGACCUGCAAAGAAUUACAGGCAUUGCAAAUGAGAACCAUAAUACUCUCAACACAGCCCAGGAUGAGCUGGUGACUUUCAGUGAGGAGCUUGCUCAGCUCUAUCACCAUGUGUGUCUAUGUAACAAUGAAACUCCUAACAGAGUUAUGCUAGAUUAUUACAGGCAAAGCAGAGUUACUAGAAGUGGGAGCCUAAAGGGACCAGAUGAUCCAAGAGGGCUUCUGUCCCCACGGCUGGCCAGGAGAGGAAUGGCAUCCCCAAUAGAAGUGAAAACACCGACUGAACAGAUUUCAAAAGAGAGCACAGAAGCCAACAAAGAGCAAAGCCCAACAAAGACACCCACAAUCUCUCCAGUCAUCACAGCACCCCCUUCCUCCCCUGUUUCCGAUACUAGUGACAUUCGCAAAGAGCCGAUGAAUAUUUACAACCUGAAUGCCAUAAUAAGGGACCAAAUCAAGCACUUGCAGAAGGCUGUGGACCGGUCGCUACAGCUGUCACGGCAGCGUGCGGCAGCCCGUGAACUAGUACCAAUGAUUGAUAAGGACAAGGAGGCCUUAAUGGAAGAAAUACUGAAACUGAAGUCCCUGCUGAGUACAAAGCGAGAGCAGAUAGCAACCCUUAGGGCAGUGUUGAAAGCCAACAAGCAGACAGCUGAAGUAGCCCUGGCUAAUCUGAAGAAUAAGUAUGAGAAUGAGAAGGCCAUGGUGACAGAAACCAUGACUAAACUGCGUAAUGAGUUAAAGGCUUUGAAAGAAGAUGCAGCAACCUUCUCAUCCUUGAGAGCCAUGUUUGCAACCAGGUGCGAUGAGUAUGUCACCCAGUUGGAUGAGAUGCAGAGGCAAUUGGCAGCUGCAGAGGAUGAGAAGAAGACCUUAAACUCUUUGCUGCGGAUGGCUAUCCAGCAAAAGCUCGCCCUCACCCAACGUCUAGAAGACUUAGAAUUUGAUCAUGAGCAGUUCCGGCGGAGCAAAGGCAAACUUGGAAAGAGCAAGAUCGGCAGCCCUAAAGUAAGUGAGGAGGCAUCAGCCACCGUGCCAACCAUAGACACUUUCCUCCUGCAUAGUCAGGGCCCACAGCAACCAAACAUACUGGUCAGCAGUGGCACUCAGAGGAAAAGACUAUUCUCACCUUCCCCUUGUGAUCAGAGCCAUCCCAGGACUUCAGGGACCCACCUACUGCCUUUAUUAAGAACCCCCCCUGAUCACUCCUCCACAGAAUCUUUUCUUCUGAGGGGCCCCCCUUCCAUGAAUGAAUUCUUCCAUGGGCACCGUCUCAGCAAGGAAAAAAGGUUAACCGUGGCCAUUCCAGUUGUGGCACCAGUGGAACGAUGCCAAAUGCAGGACAUCCCUCAUGAAGAACACUUGAAAAGAAUUUUCAUGGAUUUUGCAUCUAGGCCCAGUACAUGUUACCAAAUACAAGAUUGUCAGCAGCCUGCUGCCUCCAUACCGCCACACGGCUCACAACUAGCCAGGAGGCAAGACUGCCAGACUGUCAGUCCUAAUGUAGCUCUUCCAGAAGAACAGCCACAUUCCAGCUCUCAGUGUGCCCACCUCAGCUGUCUACCUAAGCCUCCUCCUUAAAACUAGUCUUCAUAUGCAACCUAAGAGUCGGGGGGGGGAACCCUACAAACAAACUUGAGUCAGAAUUCUCACAGUAAAGGUACAGUUUGCACCGAAGGAACCAGUAGGUAUUACUGCCUUUUUGCUGCAUUGAUGAGUCCGGACACAUCUCUACAGUCUUAAACAACUGAGGAUGUGUGGAAGGGCAUAAAGCACAGUGCCCAAACUGUUCAGGAAGAUCAUUUAAGGUUGUUCUGGUUACAUCCAGGUAAUCAUGGCUACAGUUUGGAAGUCAAGACAUGUUCAUCCCAACCAUUUGGGCUGUACUGCUAAUGUGCUGAGAACUUAAACUACUACUGAAACAAAAUGAAGAAAAUGUGUUGCAGAACCUUAUUUUGACAGUCCAGACACAACCCCAACUCCAGGUUUUCUUUCUGUGGAUUAAAGGGUGUUCUAUAUCUUUCUUUUUACCAUAUUUGCACCUUGAAUUUGUUUACUAGAAAUACAGUCCAUGUUUUAUUCUUUUUUCUUUUUAAGUGAUGCAGAAAUAGUUUACUUUGGGAAUUAUUCCCUGCCCCCUGGUUAGGGUUUUUAUUUUCUAAUUGAGGAUUGUUCACUUGGCCAAAGUGUAUGGCCUGGUGUUUUUUUUUUCUUAAUUGCACAAAAAUGUUGAAAGUGAGUUGAAAUGGAAUGUAAACUUUGGAGGCAUUGCAGAAAAAGUUGGAUGUGCCUAAAUUCCAUUGAAAUAGAUAGGCACACAGCGAAGCACUUAAAUUUCGAGUUCUGGCAUGCCUAACUUUCUUUGUAUUGUGCCCACUGACUUGACUUUUCUGCUGCAGUGGUACUGUUUACACACUUAUUUUUUAACUAAUAUGAUGUUAGCUGCUGGUUGUUGUUUUAAUACUUCACAGGAAUCUGAUUAACCCCAAAAUGGGUUUUAGUGAACAAUGCAUUGAUAAUUGCUUCCCUGUGGCUAAUGUUUGUGUUUUUGGGUGGGCCUUCUUUUGUUUGAGGGACUUCCCUCCCCCCCUUUUUGCAUUUCAAUAAGUUGAUGAUUUGGUGCUGUUAUUUUUUCUGUUUGGUAUCUAGACAAAAAUAAUGGAAAUUAACUUGAAGUAAACAUGCUAUGUUUUGUUAUAAUUGAAAUGUUCAGGAUGUUCUUCACUUGCUGCUCCCAAAUUCAGUGUUACUAGGUUAAGGCCUUACCUUGACAAAAGAAAGUGGGGGGAAAAGAGUUAACUAAGAGUAACAAAAAUAGUACAUUUCCAGGUACAUUUGGUGGUGAAUUUAGCUGUGCAGGUUGGAUUGAUAUCUUGGACUUAAGAUAAUUGUUUGAAGUUCUUGCUCUAGUGCAUUUUUGUCCUUGCCAAAACUCCCAACAACUAUAAAGAUCUAGCUCAUUGUCAGUUCGAUGACAAAUACUCAGGUGACACACAGUACACAGAUUCUGCUCCUGCACUGCACGGUGUUCCCACUGUAAAAUCUCUCCUGUAACUACUAUUUUGAGGAGUGAUGGAUAUAGAGGAAAAUGAAGGAUAUUCAAAUUUAUUUUGCACAAUGGCUGGUAACGAGUCAGACUGCUGACUAGGCUUUGAGUCAUCACAUUUACCUGAUGCAAUUGUACCCAUCAGGGCCAAUUAGCAGAAUUCUUUCUUUCAAUCAGGUAACCUUAAUACAUUUUAAAUAAGGGAGGCCUGAGCAGAUUCAGAUCUCUUUGUUUGUACCACUUGUGCAGUGCUGAUAUCAGAAAUGCUAAACAGAAAUGCUACAAUGUAUUGAAUCAUGCAGCAGCUUUGAAAGAAAUCAAAGGCAGCUGGAAUAAUUUGGCCUAAACUAUCUGAAUCUGAGAGGAAGAAAAUGACACUACUACUACUACCAAAAAUAAAAAUAAACGAACACUGGUGGAGACUUAAGCCAAGGAAAGUCUAGAUGGCCAGUCAUGGUGCCUAACAAUCUUUACAAAACCAGUAAACAAGGUGCUAAAAACAGGAUAGUCCUAAUCAGCAAUUCAUGUAAUAUAAUCACAACAGAGCAAUUGAGCUUUUGUAAUGGAUCAGAGAUUCAGAGUAAGAGGUGAAAAGUAGUUUACCAGUAGAAUCCACAAGCUACUUGAAAGCAACAUAUUUUAACCCUUAAGGGCAAAUACAUGGCACUAUAGGAACUUAAUUAAAAAGAAAUGCAUUGGCUUUAAAUGGCUUGUGACCGACAGUCAAAAUCAUAUAUAAUUCUGCUGUUAAAAACCUAACCGCUUUGCACUCCUUUAUGUGUUUUCAUGUUGCUCAUUUUUUUGAUGUGUUUAACAUUUUAAUGGUGUAUCUUAUCCUCAUAUUCUUAUGUAACAAGUGAAUGUCUAAAAUUAUUUUAUUUAAACAGCAUCUAGGGCUGCCACCUCCAGCUUUAAAUGAGGCUCUUUCAUUAAUAAAAACAAACAAACAAAAUGUAGAAAAAACAGCAAAAGUCAUGUGAUAGGUUAAAGACUAACACAUUUACUUUGGUCUAAGUUUUUGUGGCAGAGGAAGGCAAUGGUAAACCCCCUCUGAAUACUGCUUACCAUGAAAAACCCUUCAUAGUGUCACCAUAAGGUGGGAUCCACUUGAAAGCGGUCCAAUGCAAGCUUUUGUGGACAAGAGUCCAUGAAAACUUACACUACAAUAAAUUUGUUAACCUUUAAGGUUCCAUGUGAGUUGUUUUUGCUGCAACACAGACUUAACAUGGCUACCCUUGAAGCUAUUACACAGAAGUCUAUGAUUGAAUACACAGUCCUUGCUAGUCUGUUGAGGACUUCAAAUUCAUUGCUCCACUCCUUGCUUGUUAUCUUAGCUUUUAAAGUGACAGGAACCCCAUUCAGAAGCAGAGGUGGCAAUCCUGACAGUAUAAUUUUGGCAAACACUGAAAUGAGCCCUAUGAGAGUUUGUUUUGCUUUUAAACUGUGUAUGAUCCACCCCAAGUUAUUAUUAUUAAAAAGCAUUUAUAUGCCGCUUAAUAUUUCAAAAAUCUCUAAGUUAUGCAUGUUGAUUUCAGAGAGAGAGAGAGAAAGAGAGGGGGAGAUAAGCACAUGCUUAAAUAUAAUCUACUGAAAUCAGUAUGCCUUAAAAAUGCUUAAAUUUGGUUGGAUCAUGCCCUUUAUUUUUAUUUUAUAUAUGUUUCAGCUGGGCCAAAGUACCACUCAGAAUACUAGGGCUUGCCUUGAAGUGUCUGCACAUUUCACAUAUGAAAACGUGUGUUACUGCAAAAGCUGGACUACAGCAGCUACUUCUUACUCUUACCAAACAUUUUUUGGAACUACAAAUACAUUCUUCUCAUUAAAAUGAUUCCAAUGAAAUACAUUUAAGGCAGCAAUCCUAUGCAUACUUUCCUGGUAAAAAUGCAUAAGACUGCAUGUUAAGCUUCUGUCCUAAGCACACUUGCUCUGAAGUAAGUUCCAUUGAACUCCAGAUAACUUCCAAGAAAAUGUGUUGAGAAUGUCAUUAAAAAUUUUUUUUAAUAUAGAUUGUAAUUUGUAAUUGGGAAUUGGGAAGGUUAUUAUUUUGAAACUUCUAUUCCCAGAGUGUACUGGAAAUUAUAAUUUUAGGCCAUAUCAAAUACUUUUAUUUUAUGAGAUUCAGGAAAGAAUUAUAAAUGAAAAUUGAUGGUAAAAAGUAAUAUGGCUGGAGAGAUGGUCAAGAAUACCAUGCAAAGUGAUGAGGUUACACAUUGCUAGCCAUAUCAGAAGAUGGGGAUGCACUUGUUCAUCCUUAUUGUGUAGAGGCAAAUGAAGGGGAAUCUGCUAUUGAUAUGUACGUACCUUCACAGAUGUGCAUGGUUUGUCUGGGCACCAAAACAUCCAGUUUUGACCUUCAUACAUGGCAGGUGUGUCUCUGGACCUGUACUCCCUUCCCCUCAUGUGCAGUGGAAUCCGUUAGAGGUUAGUAUGCACCACACGUUUCUGGGUGUGGAAGACUCCUGCCUUAUGCGUGCAGCGAUGGCUGGGUCAUGAUUAUUGUGUCAAGAUUAACUGCUAAAAAUGAUGGGUGCAAAAAUGAUUGAAUACUACUAAUUAAUGGUGCUCAGAAGGCCCCUAAUGAAGUCUUGACGUUUUUUAUAGGGAAAAGGUACUUUUUAAUCUUAAGAAAUGUCAAGUCUUUUUAGUAGAGUAGUUUUAAAAGAAGAUAACGCUUUGCCAACAAAAUUUGGAUUUUGCUGGUAUUGGUAACAUUGGACCUUAAUUACAAAAGAGGAGUGACACAAAACACUAGCAAACAAUCCUGUGGUACUCAAGCCAAAAAGAGCUCAACCUGAUAUGUAAUUCUCAAUGAGAUUAUGAAUGAUCCCACUGUUGGUUGGUUCUCUUUAUCUGGUGACUGUUUCAUUUGUAAAUUGUUUUGUUUCCUUUGAUUAUAAAGGCAUUCUUUAUUUAAAAAUUCCAGGUACUGAGGUCCUACAUUAGAAGCACAGCCAUUUCCUUAUUUAUUUCUUGCUUUAAAAAUAGCCUUUUUUUUCCUUCAGGGUUUAUUCCAUUUAUACAUCUUCUAUACUUAAAAGGGAUAUAGAGUAUUCGGAACUUUUCUUCCAUGUCUUUAAAUUUUAUUGGUUCAUAUUCUGUAGCUAAUAAAAAAGCAAUUAACUGCAUCAGCCUUAUGGCCGAAAUGCACCUAAAUAUGCAAUAUAUAAAAAAGCUUGCAUGACAUAAUUUCAUGUACCCUUUCCUAUAAACCUGAUAAUGAAGCUAAAUAAUUCCUAUUUCAUGAGAUUAUUCUUAUGUUCUCCCUGAAAACUGGAAAUAGACAUCCAAUACAACUUUCAUCAAAAGACACAUGGCUUAAAUCUUCAUUGCAUUUUAAUCUCUCUCCUGCAGAGCUCUUGAAAACCCCCUCUAUUAAAUCUGAAGGCAACCGAGUGACAAAUUGAUAAGACACAAAGGAAAAAAUAAUCGGUUGCUGUGAGUGAGUUAAUUUGCUGUCAGACUCUGGAGGGAUGGGGGCCUUGUGUUUCAAUUAGUGUCUUGAUAUAAAGGUACAUGUGCUGCUCAUUAUUAUUAUGCACUAAUGAAAAAAAGUAGUUUUUUAUUUUUUGCAGCAUAAACAGAUUUUUAAAAUUGAAACUUUGAUUCCAUUGUUAUAUCUGUUUUGGAGAUUUGUCAGAAGUGUUUGGUACAAAUGUUAGGUGAACAAUCUUGCUAACCAGCU